AUGCCGGCUAAUGGUAAAAGACUCAGUGCUGUCGCAAGACAACGCCGUCUGCGCGAUGCACAAUCAGCAUCGACAACUCCAACGCCAGCAUCUCCCGCCACUGCGUCGGAGAGAAACCUCGGCGAAAACGCUUCUGGUCAAAACGUCUCCGAGGAGGAUGGAACUUUAGCUGUUGAGCAGCCCGGGGCUGUUGAGUUAAAGAAUCAAUUCGAUGUAUUGGUGAAAGCGUCAACCACCCAUUUCAGAUCUACUCGCGAGGUGGAUCAAUUGAGCGAGACAUCUGUUAAGAUCAGACUGUCUCGCGGUCAGAAAUGUGUCCUACUGGGUACAUGCACACUUUGGGUCAAGCAGGGGUCGAUCUUCAUUUACGGCGCCAUAAUCCAUGCAUCCACCACAUUACAUCGUAUCUACGCACCAAGUAGUCAUGCACUCCCAUCGAUUGAAGCAAUGAGUGCGAAAGCCGAAUUCCAGGUUGAAUCUCUUGAUGAUGCAAUUAGAGAUCUUCCCUAUAUUGGAAUUAGAGACUUAUGGACCCCGUCUGGCGUUGAGCAAGCUGCUUUGACUUUCUACAUAUUGGGCCAUUCUUUUGAACCAGACCCCAAAGCUCCAAAACGCCUUAAGGAGCUGGACCUUGACCCCUGGAAAUUGGUGCUUUCAAAUUUGUCUACCGCCGGGCCUUCCAAACCACAUCCUCCAAGGAUUCUACUAUGUGGCAGACGCUCAUCUGGACUUUCGACCUUUGUCCGAUGCCUUCUCAAUCGACUCCUGACGACACAGAGCUCGAGGCUAGUUGACUCUAAUCACAGAGGUGCUGUCUUAGUUGAUCUCGAUGCAAAUCUACCAGAGUUUGCUCCUCCGGGUUUAAUCAGCCUUGUGCAUGUUGUAAAUCCGGCGUACGGGCCGCCAUUCACACAUGUACUUCCUGGAAAGGGAUUGUCAAACCGGAUUCUGAGAAUGUAUUUCCUCGGCGACUUGGAUAUCACGGAAUUCUCUGAUUGGCACAUUGGUCGAGUCCAUGAGAUUCUCGACCAUGUGAAGGCGCUCCGAAGCGAGUACAAGGAUAGCCCCGUAAUCGUGGUGGCCCCAAGGUGGGUGAACAGCAUUGACCAGAAAGUCGCCAGCAAGCUAUGGACGAAAAUCUUGCCGACAGAUAUUGUUUGCAUGGACUCGAGUCCAACAUCACCGUAUCUACAACCCUGGUCAUCCUUUGCGGAGAAAGCGACAUGCCAGAUCUACCAACUUCCUUCGCAUGCAUUUGACAAAAUUUCUCCUGUUCGAGAACAUGAGCUUCAAAUGCAGUCAUACUUCCAUCUGGUAGAGUCUCCGAUAGACCGCCUCUUCUGGGAUGAGACACCCAUCUUGGCAGGAAACCAACAGAAAUUAACACUUAGCUACGGGAUGGAUAAUGCGGAUGUUUGCGCAAUCAUCUUGCUUGGUGGUCAAGUUGCGCUCGAGGAUACGUACGAUGCUCUGGAAGGAAGCAUUGUUGCUCUGACCGUGGUCAGAUGUCAACCAAAUAGAAGUUUGACGUUUGAGCACGAGGAGACCGACCACACCGACAUAGUUAAGGAGAGUCUUAGCGACGAAACGAAGCUCCCUGGUGUACAUAGAACGACAGAAGAUCUUCCGAGGCUGCAAGGCGGUUGGCAAUCCCCCUUUCCAACUUGUGCGACAGACUCCUAUUGCAUUGGCUUAGCAAUCGUGACGAAGAUCGAUGUUACACAGCGACAGAUCGCCCUUGUCACUGGACUAGACUCGCAGGAAGUUCAAGGGCAGAUCCAGGGGAACCAAGUGGCACUGGUGUUGCACAAGGCAACUUCGGAUGGAAGGUUCAAAACAGAUUGGGCACGAAGGGAGAUGUGGAAUGGCGGCAAACGAGCAACAUGA